AUGGCUCGUCUUUAUCACCGAGCUCAGCUGCCCCUGCAUAUCAAGCGCGCCAUAUGCGCGCACCACGUCGAACACCCCCAGCUGCGCCACGUUGACCUCGCACGAUGGUGCUUCACUCGUUUCGGAAUCCGCCCCGACCGCUCAACCAUCGGGCGCGUCCUGAAAAGUGCUGACCGCUGGGCUACCGAUGACACCAAUGACAACGCCGUACGUGUGCGCGGCGGCGCGUAUCCGGAGCUUGAGCGCGCCAUGGCACGGUGGAUAGCCAGGGCGGGGCCAGCUGGGGUGCCUCUCACCCUUGCGACUAUUCGGGACCAUGUUGCCUACAUGGCCCGCGAGAACGGUCUGCCGGCUACGUUUCGUUGCUCCAUCGGCUGGGUGCGUCGCGCAUUACGCCGCCAGGGCGUGAGAUGCUUGAGUGCGGUUGGCGAGGCGGCCGACCAGGACAUGACGGCCGUGCGCACCACGCAGGAGAAGCUGCCGCAGCUCCUUAUGCAUUUGAACGUGAGGCCACGCGACACCUUCAAUUUUGACGAGACGGCCCUCUACAUUUCCGUUCUGCCGCGGAAGACCUACUGCACGGGCCGUGUUGCGGGCAAGAAGAAUGGCAAAGAGAGGCUCACCAUCGGCUUCCUCGUCAACGCCGACGGCUCUACCUUGUUCCGCCCUCUCGUGAUCUCCAAAGCCCGGCGCCCGCACGACUUUCGCCCCGACUACGACCCGGAGGAGUUCUGCUACUGGCGCAACACUGCCAAGGGGUGGAUGACUACCGCGCUCUUCACGCACUACAUCGAGCAGCUGGAUGCGGCUAUGUUUGCGGAGGGGCGGCAGAUCGUGAUACUGCUCGACAAUGCCAGCAGUCACACGCUCACGACACGGGGUGCCAUCACCGAGGACCUCUUCGGCUUCCGCACCCGCAAGCUCGAAAAUGUGCGACUCGUCUACCUGCCGCCUAACACGACUUGCUUCACCCAGCCCCUUGACCAGGGCCUGAUUGCAAUGGCGAAGGCGCGUUAUCGCGCACAUUGGCUGCGGAAGUUCACUGGCAUGUGGGCUGCCGAAGGCGCCACCUCCGCAGCGGCUCGUUUCAGGCCGAACCUCCGAGACGUGAUCGCGUGGCUGAGCGAUGCCUGGAUGAAUAUCCCGCCACGCACCAUCCAGAGAUGCUGGUGGCGCACGGGAUGCCUCCCGCGCGCCUGGGCCAUGGAGUUGGUGCACGUGGGGGCGGGCGCUAUCCGCGACCCUUGCACCGUGGCCGACAUCGGCCUUGCUGAGGAGGUCAACGACGUCGGCCUCCUCAUCGACCGGCUCUGCCUCGGAUCCAGCGCGAUGGCGGCGAACGAUUUCGUCGGUUUCGACGAGAACCAGCCCACUUGCGCGGAGCCGGGUGAUGAUCCGCUCGCAGCGGAGCCGGUGCCGGCCCCUUCGCAUGAUACGUGGGCGCCUCCCUCGACCAUGCAGGAGGUCUACGAUGACGCUGACCCUGCGUCCCGCGAAGCGAGGCGCACUGCUCGCGCGGCAUGCGAGAUGCUCAUCGGUUACGCCAAGGCGACCUGCACCACACCGCGGGACUUGUGCGCCAUCUUCGACAUUCGCAACCCGAUCAUCCGGGCGCGGAUGGAGCGCGCUAGCCCGCCGUUGAACCUCAACGCGACCCCGCCCCCCGCCAUGACGACUGCCUCCACCCCGGAGGCAGAGACCCCCCGUCCCCGUGGUAGGGUCCUCCCGGCGUGGAUGACGGUGCCUACGGCUGACUGGGUGGCACAGACUGCUCGCCGCCAGGAGCUCAUCGAGGCGGGUUUCCCGGCCGUCAUGAGCGGCUACGUCGCCGCCGCAGAAUGGAUGCGGAUGUGCACAGGUUUGCGCGCCAGUGGGAGAAAGGGCGCAGAUGGGGCCAGCAAUGAUGGGCGGCCGUACGGAGGGGGAGGGGAAGGCGCAUGGAGGGGAGAGGGAAGAUGUGGGCGUGUGUGGUUCGAGUUUGGCGGAAACGUUGCGCCGGGUGGGAGAAAACGGGGCAGGAUGCAGAGCAAGAUGGGGGAGAAGAGGCAGGCGGAGGGGUGGUUAAAGGGGGGAGAGAGGGAAUGGGGGAGAGCGCGCGCCAGGGGCAAGAGCGCGGGCGCAAGGAAGGGCGCGAGAGGAGCCGCGAGUGGGGGAACCGAGGGGGAAGUGGAGGGGGCUGAGAGGGGGAACGGCUCCGCACCUGCCCGGAGUCCAACAGCGCUGCCAAGUGGGACAGCCUUACAGGCCCACCAUGCCUUCGUGUGUCAAGGCACUGCCGUAAGUGUGCACCGUGCAGCCAGUAAACUUCCCCUCCCCACCAGAUCUGCACCACACCUGCUUCUCCUGCACCCAUCCAAGCUUGCAGCAACGCACCUUCCCUUCACUCCAAUGGAGUUGCUCGAGAGCGUGCUGACAGAGACGGAGCGGGGGAGAGAGCUGUGGCAGGAGGGGCAGGUGGAGGGGGAGAGUUGGUUCAUGGGUGGUGGGGAGUGCGGGAAGAAAGAAGCAGGUGGAUGCUCAAGAGGGGCCGGUAUGUACAUGCUGUGGAGCAAAGAAGGAGCAAGGCGCAACGGACCAGGCGCAACGGGGGGGGAGGGAGAGAGAGGAAAAUCAGACAAGAACUCUGCACCCUACCACUCGCAUGCGCCCACUCCCAUCCCUUCAGUCAAGGCCCAGCCGCCCUCCCCUCGCUUUGAAGCAAACACCCACCCUGGAUCAUACGGAAAAGCAUCUUGGUGCAGCAGAAGGUCGAGGCAGCCAUUGCAAGCUGCAGCCAAGACUUGCUGUGGCGCGACAGCAGGUUAA